GGCAUGUCGCGAUCCCCAACGCUGACCUCACACCCGAGCCGACUUUCCUCCAUAUCGACCACCAUCCCCGCUCGCGCGCACAGGAGCAGCCCCGAGCUUCCAGAGUGCUUCGGAAAGUCCUCACACGCCGAAUUGUAGAGGCAUUGGCUUUUUGCCUACCCCAGCAAAGACCCCCUAAGCGUUGCGCCCACGAAUUACUGCAGCUUAGCCAUGGGCUUCACCACCGGCUUCCUUGGAGGCGUCACUCUCACAUCCGCAGUCCUCUAUCUCACAAUAUCGCUGCACACACAAAACCGCGCAACACAAGCCGCCCUGUUACGACAACAGCGCCGGGUGCUUGCCGAGUUCUACGAGCCCAAGAAGCCAGAGCCAGAGCCGACAAGUCGGGAGGCCCCAGUAGGGUUGGCAGAGAUGGCAAAAGACCGCUGGAAUAGGAGCCUCGAGGAGGGUGUCAAGAAGGUGUACAACACGGACUGGAGGAGAGUGCGCGAAGAUGUAGAGGACAGGGCGAGCGUCAUUCUGCAGAAAAUCAGGGACAGCACCAAAUGAGAAAACAAACUGCUAGAAUAGACCUGAUGCAUGCUUGUUGCAGGCGUAGGGCGCGUGUGCUGCUACUGCUGCUGCUGCGAUACCCUGAUUGCACGUGUACAAAUAUGGGGAGCUUCUUAUAAUGAAGAGCAGGUAUAGGUUUGUUUGAUGAAAAUAUCCAUACACUAUCCAAAAAUUCGUGCAGGCA